AUGGCAAAGAAGAAGACUAUGAAAAAGUCAUCCUCGUCAUCCUCCGUAUCAUCUUCCACAAAUUCCGAAAAUAAUACACCUUCGUAUGAUAGUGAUGACGAAAAUAGUGAAAUUCAACAAGACGCCUCCACUUCGACAGUGCAUAUUGCUGCAACAGGAAACUUGUCAUCUCAUCCUCUCUCCAUGGACCUUAAAUUUGAUCACUUUUCUGUGAGCGUUUCUUCGCCGUUUUCCUCACAAUCUAUUGAUUUGAUUGAUGACACAGAUUUAUGUUUGAACCGUGGAACAAGAUAUGGUCUUAUUGGAUUGAAUGGUUCAGGCAAGUCCACUCUAUUAAAAGUUUUGGGUAGAAGAAUGAUUCCAAUUCCAAAACAAAUUUCAGUUCAUCUUUUACAUGGAGAAGCAAAACCAACCGAUAAGAGUGCUCUCGAUUAUGUUCUCUCCAGUGUUGACAAGGAAAGAGAAAGAUUGAAUCGAGAAUUAAAUGAUCCAAAAACUUCUCAUCAAAGACAAGAAACCAUUAUGGACCGUUUGGAAGAAUUAGAUCCUGAAUGGGCCAAACCCAAAGCAUCCAAAUUAUUGCACGGUUUAGGAUUUACCAGUGAAAUGCAAAAGAAAGCCACAAAGGAUUUUUCUGGAGGUUGGAGAAUGAGAAUUUCAUUGGCAGAAGCAUUAUUUAUUGAACCUGAUUUGCUACUUUUGGAUGAACCUUCCAAUCACUUGGAUUUGGAAACAGUUGUUUGGUUAGAAGAAUAUUUGAAAGAAUAUGAAAAAUCUUUGAUUAUUAUUUCACAUUCUCAAGAUUUCCUUAAUAAUGUUUGUACUUCCAUUAUUCAUUUGAAGGAUCAAAGAUUGAGUUAUUAUGGAGGAAAUUACGAUACUUAUGUGAAAACUCGUGAAGAAUUGGAACUAAUCAAAUGA